UCGUUUUCUUUCCCAAAGUCCCCACCUUUUUCUUUGGAGAGAGAGAGAAAGAAAGUUGUAGAGAGAGACAUAGAAACAGACUUGUCGGGCAAAAAUAACCCCAAACUAGAACUCUCUUUUGUGAAUGUAAAACCUAGGUGACGCUGUAGUUUAGAGUUUGAUUUGUGUUCUAGAGGGAGAAAUUUUGUUGAACUAAACCAACAUCAGAAGACCCUUUUGUGAGAAUAGUACUUUUGAUUUGAGGAAAUAGAAAAAAAAAAUGGUGGGCAUUUUCUCAAGGUUUUCCGUAAGCAGAACUGGCCAUAGGCGUAGCCAGAGUGCCCUUGAUGAGAGGGAAGUGUUGCCCCCAAAUUCGGAGAUUACUUCUGCAAAUGCUGCCGCUGCUUCUUCUCAUGGAAUUGAAGUUGCAGUAGAGUUUAAGCCAGUUGAACACCCAAACGAGCCGCUUGAUAAUGAUAGACCGAUACAGUGCCCGUUACCCGAACCGUCGAUCCUUAAUGAUGGAAGAAUAUGGAAAGAGCGCGUAUCUGCGACAGUUCGGAGGAGAGCGGACUUGCCGGUAAUGAAGGAAGGAGCGGCAUCUCUCGAACCCGAAAGUGCCGAGACGAAACCCAAGCCGGCGCAGACACAAGCCAACCGUUCAAUUCUUCCAUCUCUCAGUGCCCCUGAACAUAACAUUUUAAACCUUCUUGAAGAAUGUAAUGCAUCUGGGAUCUGAACAAAAUCUGGUGCAACAUUGUUGUUUCUUUACUAAUAAAUUAUCACUCCAAAAUUUUUCAAUUUUCCUACAUAAAUUCAAUGUGUUCUACUGGUCUUUUUUUUU